AAAAUUACAAAUACAAAUACUUUUGUUAACCAACUUUUAUCAAUUAAUCAUCCAUAAUCAAGCUUACGUCUCUUGAGUCACAAAAUAAUAGCAUCAGAUUUCCUACAAAUUUCUUUUAUAGUUAUAAUCCUCAUCAAUUCUAUUUAAUAAUAAUAAUAAUAAUAAUGAGUGGUUUUUUUAAGGAAUUUUUAAUAAAGAACUACCCAAGUUUCAAUAAUCAUGCUGAACAUUAUAAUGGCUUCAACUCUGCCACCGUUGCUGCUUCUUCCGCUGCCGCUUACUUCGCCGCCACCACCGCGGCCGUCCCUUUUGCUUCCAGGCCUUUGUUUGGUAUUGGUGGAAGAGUUGCUUAUUGUGAUGCUGGUGUCACCCCUCCCAAUCUGACCGAAGAUUACCUUCGUAGCUUAAGGACUGCAUCUGAAACUGUUUUCCAGCUUAACCACGUGACCAAAAUAUAUAAUUUCAACAUGAUGCCAUUGUUUUCAGCUUAUCGGCCGAGAUCAUUAGCGAUGAUAACAUUGAGAUCUUUCUUAUUGUAUUAUUUGCCUCUUAUGGCACCUAAGGUAGACGAUGACAUUGAUCUGGAUGAGCAUCCCGUGGACUGGAUUGUACCCUUCAAGAAAUCAGUAAAGCAGGUGUUUUGCGACACUACCGUAACAACCACUAGACGUGUUUUAGAACGAUUCGUUGUUCAUCAUUGUUCACAGCGUGUUGCAUGGAAGCUUCUUAAAGAUGUUUCAAAGUCUUGCAUUCGCAAAGCUGACAGGGGGUUGCCUUUUUAUACUUACUUCUUUUGUGUCAGCAGAACAACAUUUAGAGCUCAGAUCUUAGGAAUUGCAUCAUCAUGGCUUGUUCAAGUUGGAUUCCAAUGUUUCUAUUUUGUUUGUGACAUCCUAAAAUCCAAUGGUGAAUUGGAAAAUGUUGCUGAUGAUCACACAGAGCGAGUUAAAGUUUUUCGGAAGAAGGUGUAUUGUGCUACGGCUAGAUGUGGUACAGCACUGGUUAUUGGUUCCAUAGCGGCGGGGAUUGGAACAACCAUAUUUCGCCCAGCAUUUGGUCAAGCUUGGGGGCGUAUAGUUGGUGAUUUGGCUGGAACUCAAAUUGUCACAACGUAUUUGGAGCUUUAGAGUAUUAAUUAACAGCUGACAAUUUUGUUUGAAGGUUGACAAUCUGACUAUAACAAGCAUUGUAUAUCUUGUAACACAUUGAUGAAACAAUAGAAAGAUGCAUUGGUCGUUA